AUGGAGAAAGCAUUCAGUUGUGAUCAGUGUGACAAGACUUUUUCUGGCAAGAGUAAGUUAACAAGACACAAACUCAUCCACACUGGAGUUAGACCAUUCAGCUGUGAUCAGUGUGGGAAAACUUUUACUGACAAGAGUACUUUAACAACACAUCAACUCAUUCAUAGUGGAGUUAGACCAUUCAGCUGUGAUCAGUGUGGAAAGACUUUUACUCUAAUGCAUCAUUUAAAAUGCCAUCAACUCAUUCAUAGUGGAGUUAGACCAUUCAGAUGUGAUCAGUGUGGGAAGACUUUUACUCAGAUUGGUGACCUAACAAGACAUAGACUCAUCCACAGUGGAGUUAGACCAUUCAGCUGUGAUCAGUGUGGGAAGACUUUUACUUACAAGAAUUGUUUAACAAGACAUCAACUCAUUCACAGUCAAGUUAGACGUUUCCGCUGUGAUCAGUGUGGGAAGAGUUUUACUCAGAUAGGCAAUCUAAAAACCCAUCAACUCAUUCACAGUGGAGUUAGACAAUUCAGUUGUGAUCAGUGUGACAAGACAUUUACUUGCAAGAGUACAUUAACAAGGCACCAACUCAUUCAUAGAGGAGUGAAACCAUUCCGCUGUGAUCAGUGUGGGAAGACUUUUACUCAGGUGCAUCAUUUAAAAGUCCAUCAACUCGUCCACAGCGGAGGUGAACCUUUUAGUUGCGAUCAGUGUGUGACCACCUUUACUCAAAAUGAACAGUUAUUGAUCCAUCAAUGCCCCCACUCUGGUAGAAAGCUGUACCACUGUGACUCCUGUGACAAAACUUUCAAGCACCAACAGAACCUAAAAUCUCACCAACGCAUCCACACUGGACUUGAUGUGUACAUCUGUGAUCACUGUGGCAAACCAUUUGUACAGUUCGCACAGUUAAAAGCCCAUGAAGCCAUCCACACCGGGGUGAAACCGUACCACUGUGACCAGUGUGGAAUAGGCUUCAACUACAUUUGUAGUCUCAAAGCUCACCAACGCGUCCACACUGGUGAGAAACCAUACAGAUGUGACCAGUGUAAUGAGACUUUUAGAACUUGGGGUUACCUGAAACGACACCAACAGAUCCACACCAGGAAGAGGUCACUGAACCAAGGUCACAGUGAGCAGAGCAGCACAGAUGGACAAAGCUCUCAGACUUGUCAGCACUCUGCCAAUGGUGAACAGUGCUGUUGUGACCAGUCUGGAUGAACAUCCAACCAACAAGGAACCCUACAACCACACCAGCGUAUGCACACUGGACACAAACUGAACCUCUGCCAAGAAGAUUUCCCCAUGCUGGGUUCAGUAAAAGUUCAUGGAUUCUCCCACAAACUGAAAGUCCUUGAGAUCAGACUCCAUAGAGUUCAGUUCUGAUCUCUUGUUUGGUGUUGUUAAGUUUGCACUUGACUAGCCAACUUUUAGUCAUCUCUCUAUUUCUGUUUCCAGAUGAGGUUUCCUUAAUUUCUCCUAAAUAUAAAAAUCUAAAAAAAAUCAGUCAGUACAGUGCCUGUAACGAAUAUCCACCACUCUUAAAGGUUUUGCAACUUUUAUUGCUUUAAAACAGUAAAUCAUGAGUGACCAAAAAUAGACUGAGAGAGGCCACCAAGACUCCUAUGACUCCUCUGAAGGAGUUCCAGCUUCAGCAGCUGAGAUGUUAGAGACUGUUCAUCUAACAACUGUUGUCUGUUCUUCACCAGUCAAAGCUUUGUGGAGACAAAGAGAAAGACUCUGUUGUAAAAAGCUCACAUUAAAUCUGGACUACAGUUUACUAGGAGACAUGAGGAGACUCUGAAGUCACCUGAAGAAGUUUCUUUGGUUUGACUUUCUCUUCAUACUUUGCUGCUGCAGUGAGCAGACUGAAAAUCCUGGUUUGAGCUUCAUCACUUGCAUUGUUUUUUUUAAUGUAAUUGUAGCUUAUACACUAAGUUUUGUCUUGUUUGAUUGUUUUAAAUGAAUUUUCAAUAAGUUUUACUUCUAUUGUUUCAUUUAAAUCUGCUUCCACUGUUUUAUUUGUUUGUGUUUUUUGUCUUGUAAACUUUGGAUAUUUUUACUGGUAUCUGUAAAGUUUUAUCUCAGUGUGUCAAAUGCAACAUCUCAGGAACUACACUGACCGUCAAUAGAAACUUUGAGACCAUAUUUUUCAACAUAAUUUUUAUUUUGAAGCCCGAAACUGGAUUUUCUUCAUAUGAAUCAUUUGUUUAGCAUAUUGGCAUACAAAAACAAAAAUCUAAAGUUUCAAGAAUGAUUUCAAAAUAAAGAAUUUCACAAAAGAAAACGGCACCUGCCAAACACAAAGUCACAACAGUCAAUACCGAGUACGGCCUCCAUUUGCUUGGAUCCAGGCAGCAAUCCGUCGGCGCAUGCUUUGGACCAGGCUUCUGAUUGUGGGUAGGGAACAGCCCAUACACCUGGUUACAUCACUGUAGCUCAAAGCGGCCUCCACCAUACCCAGUGCCCGGAGACGUUGUUCAUGUGAUAGACGCGGCAUGAUGCUGUUCACUGGACUAACAAUGGUGGCCUUUUUUGGGCCUUUAUAUAGGCCUUCAAAACCCAUUCUCACAUUGUGCAGAUACUCACUGAGUAUUGCUUGGUGUGUAUUUGGUUCACUUUUGCAAAGUGACCAACCCAUGUGCAAUGAAUCAUGACAAAAUGACAACUCAUCAUUAUCUCAACUACCAGGGCACUAGAUCAUCAGUAAAUCAACAAUGAAUAAUUACAACCCCCCUACAAGGAGAAUUCUGCCUACAUUUCUACCUCAAAGUUUCUAUUAACUGUCAGUAUAUUAAAGAUAAAUACCUGGAUUUUUUUCCUGAAAAUUCUUGCAAUAUUGCAAUAUUGUACAACUUGUCAUAUCUGCUCUGUCAGUUAUAAACAAACUUAUUCAUUUUAAUAUUAAAGGUAUUCUAUAUG